ACAGGAUGAUGUUUUGGAUAUUUUUGGGAUUGAUGGUCAUCUAUGUCUCAAAAAAUGAUGCGGAUAGUCAAUGUAAACCAUGGUCACUGGAUAGCCUCUGCAGAAAUACGUCAGAUAAUAACUGUAAGGAACUCAAAGAGAUGAUCCACGGUGGAAUUCAUAAUAACUCACCAAAAGCAAUCGGACAGAAAUGCAAGGACGAGAAGGGAGAUGGUAAAUUUCAGUCACUGUGUGCCAUGGAAAGUUUUAUCAACACGUGUGAGCAUGGAAUGCACCAAAACUUUUUGAGGGACAUUGAUGAACUGGAAGAUGUUCUUGAAGAAACCAACGUGUCAGAAUCAACUCUAUUCUGUGGCGACAGCUAUUCUGCGCUGCUGUACCAGCCUGAUGAUCCCUUCAAUGGAGCAGAGUUUCAUUCUGACAAUAAUAUGUCCGUUACCUAUCAUCAUAAUGCCAACGCCACGGUGAGCGUUUACCUCCCAGCAAGUUUGGAUAUUGGCGAGGAACACAAAAUCAUCUUCUGCAUUCUUCAGUUUCCAAAUGGGACUAUUCAGAACAGCACUUUAAAACUGUAUGGACAGAGACUAGUUGGCCUGAGUGUGGCCAACAAAACCAUUUCAGGACUUUCUGAACGUGUCAACCUGACCAUGAGUUUUUCACUGGGACAAAAUCAAUCAUCAGAAGAACCUCUCUGUGUGUUCCUAAAUAAUUCUGCAGGAAAUUGGAGCAGUAAUGGCUGCCAGACCCUGUGGGAUAAAAAUCAGAGCCAAGUCACCUGUUCUUGUAACCAUCUCACAUACUUUGGUGUACUCCUGGUACCCAUUAACCUGUCAUCUGAAGACCUGCAGAGAUUGUCUUACAUCACUUUGAUCGGCAGUGGAAUUUCUCUCACAGCUCUGGUCUUCACUGUUGUUCUUUUCUUCACACACAAGAAAAUCAGAGUGGAUGAUUCUAGAAAGAUCCAUAUCAACCUUGUGUUUGCCUUGAUCUUCCUCAAUUUACAUUUUUUACCCAAUGAGAUGGUCGCAACAUCUUCCUCAUCAGGCCUUUGCCUUUACAUGGCUCUUGCUCUUCACUACUUUCUGUUGGCCACCCUCUGCUGGAUGGCCUUGGAGGGGUUCCACCUCUACCUUCUCAUAGUCAAAGUCUUCAACAUUUAUAUCAGUAGAUACCUGCUGAAAGUCAGCGUGAUUGGAUGGGGAGUUCCAGCAGUCAUUCUUUCAAUUGUGGUGUCUAUAAAUAAGAAGUAUUAUGGACUCGCAAAAUUUAGCGACAGUACUCAACUGUGCUUCAUAACUGACAGUAAAGUGAGGCUGGUGACCACGCUGGGACCGUUCGCCCUUUUGUUCAUCUCUAACACGGUCAUGUUUUCUAUGACUGUGAGAUAUCUAAUAACUAACCAGCAUCAUAAAGAAAACAGAAUGCAGGACAUGGCCAUGCUGCUGGCCCUCAUCACUCUGCUUGGCCUUGGCUGGGGCUGCUUCUUCUUCACAUUUUGGCGCCAGGCAACUCCUCUCCUCUACAUCUUCUCCACUGUCAACUCACUGCAAGGUUUCUUCAUAUUUCUCUACUUUGUGUUGACUCUGAGGAAGAUCAAAGACCCAGAAACGACAACUGGAAAUACAACAAACUCCUAGGGCACCUAAACUAUUAGAAGUUAGAGCUUGCUGCUCAAAUAGAACUGCUUUGACUAAGAUCUUCUGUAAUGUUUUUUUUAAUGCUUAAGUGGAUGUCGUAUUUUUAAGUUGUUUUUUUGUCCAAACCAAUAGUCAGAACAGAAGAUUAUUUUAGCAACUGGAAAUACAACAAACUCUUAGGGCACCUAAACUAUUAGAAGUUAGAACUUGCUGCUUAAAUAGAACUGCAUUUGAAUAAGAUCUACUGUAAUGUUUGUUUGUUUUUUGGUUUUUUUGUUAAAGUGGAUGUUGUAUUUUUAAGUUGUUUUUUUGUCAAAGUCAAUAGCCAGAACACAAUAUUAUUUUAGCUAAAGUAACUUAAUGUCAGAUUAUGUCAUGUGUUCCUUAUUAUAGUUUUAGUGAUAAGUUUCUAUUUUAUAUGUGGUUUAAAAAUUGUAUUCAUUUAUAAAUUGUUGGACCCAAAAGAGGGAGAGCUGGGUCUCAACAUGUGAGGUGGGGAAACAGAAAUGUGAGGACGUGUAACGGGUUAAGGUGAUCAAGGACAAAGCUGGAAAAGUGUUGUUAAGUCAUUGUUUUCUCCUGUCACUAUUUUGAUUGAUUUCAACUGUUCUGCAGCUGUUUGAGUGAUUUCCUGUCUUUCUGUUUGAGUCAGAGGAUUUUAUUUGUUCAUUUUCUUGUAUUACUUUUUUGUAUUCCUUGUAUUGACCCACUCCAAUGAAAACUGUGUUUUUCUGUGUUUUUAACGUGUUCUUGGGGUUUUUCUCAUGAUAGAGGAGACGUAUAAAGGAAAUGUAGCCUAAAAAUUGCCUUUCUGAGAAUUUCUGUAUUCAUAUCACGUGAAUCAGGAGUUACUACAGCAAACCACAAGCCACUCUGCUCUGCCCCAUUCUGCAUCCGCUUGUAGACAAAUAGAUCCAUACGUCUUCAUUGACCUCAUCCAAGCUGGUCUCUGGCUCCAAACUGUACGGCUGGAUGGCUCCAUUAUUGCUCACCAUUUCUGUUUCACCACUGAUGUUAGGUUGGGGGUGUGAGGGGCUUUAAGCUAGGGGUAGAGCACGUAAACAGAUGGAUGAUGGGAAGAGACCGGCCUUGCUCUGCGCCAACAAAUGAGUGUUGUGUAGCAUGUAAAGUGAGUGACACAAGAACCCAGGUUACCUGGAAGUGAGGUAGAUCUUCUGUAUUGCAAUUGCACCAAAGCUUCAAUUUUUGAGUUAGUACAUAAUGUGCACACGUUUAAAUAUGUUUUGCAUCUGCAAAUAGCAGAAACUAUUAGAAGUUAAAGCUUGCUGCUCAAUAGAGCUGCAUUUGAAUAAUAUCUUCAUUUUUUUGCAUUUGGGAAAAAAUCUUUCACAUGCAGAAUUAUUUUGUACUUUCGCAACAUCAUUUUUUUUCUUUUUUUCCUUUGGUAAAGUAAAUAUUAAAACUUUUGAAAAUAUUUACAGCAACAGAUUUUUAUUUCAUUUUUUUAAAUUUUACAGGAUACUUUAAGGACCACAUACAACACACAAGUGUUCUUUCUGCAAGAGCAUGCAUGUAAACAGAUACAACAUUUAGAUACAACUUCAGACUUUUAACAGAUUUGGUCUUGAUAAACCAAUCAGCACCUUUCUCUUGUUACCGCCAGGUCAACCCCAUACAGAUGUGACUAAGGCUUUAACCCAAGCUGCAAUAAAAAAAACCACAGUACUAAAUGUGAGCAGAUUUAAGCUCUAAUAAAAUGUAAACAUCACACAAUUGGUUUGAAUAAGAAUUUAUUGCUUUUAUGAGUUUAAUUAUUGUAUUUGACAAUAUUUACAUUAUUUAUUCUACAUUAAAUGUGUGUUUUAAUCUACUGUGUAUGUGAUUUCCUCUGGGGGAUCCAUCGUUCUUGGGCACCACCAGCUUGACCUGUAGGGCGUGCCGUUGCUGUGGUGCCCGUUCUGGUUGGGCGGGCUGGGGUCCCACUCUGUGGUCUAAUAGCCAUGGAUGGG